AUGUUGUGUGAAGAAUUAUGGGCUAGCAAAGCACAUAUACCUCGUGUCUCCCAAACAGAGGGAUUGUCAAAGUUGGCUGCUUACUCCUUAUCUGUUAUGGAUGGAAAACGUAGCCGAAUCAUGAAGGAAGACUUGUGGGAUCAUGCUUGGGAGUUUCACUUUAAAAAGGCAUCACCAGAAUUCUGGCGGGACUUGGAUCCAUACUGGAAAGGAACAGGCAGACCAAUGCGUCGCUACUUUCAUCCGGAUGGAAGUCAAACUGCGGAUCCUGGUGACAAGGUGUGGGGUGGACAUGAGUGUUGUUACUCCAUUGUUACAAGUUUCUUGGCAGAUGGGAAGAUUAGGAAGCAUUAUGUUAGGAUCAAUAGAUGGCCACAGAUGUUGAUUUCAAGGGGAUGUGAUUGGGGGUGGAAGAUGUCUAAUGAGCUUUUCUGCUACUCGAGUGUUCCAGAUGCUGAAAAGAAAGGUGGCACUGGUCCUUGUUUUGUUUGA